CCCACAUCGUAUUGCAAAGCAAAACGCAGUAAAGAUGCCGUCCACACACAAAUUAGAGAAGCCGUGGGAUACGGAUGAUAUCGAUAAAUGGAAGAUCGAAGAGUUCAAGCCCGAAGAUAAUGCCGCGGGAACAUUCACUGAGGAAUCAUCAUUUGCGACACUAUUUCCUAAAUACCGCGAAGUCUAUCUCAAGGAAGCAUGGCCGAUGAUCACUCGGGCACUCGAGAAGCAAGGAAUUGCCUGCACGCUCGACUUGGUUGAGGGUUGCAUGACAGUGAAAACGACUCGAAAGACUUAUGACCCGGCCGCUAUCCUGAAAGCUCGAGAUCUCAUCAAACUGCUUGCUCGAAGUGUUCCAGCUCCACAGGCAGUUAAGAUUCUCGAGGACGGCGUCGCCGCCGAUGUUAUCAAGAUCCGCAGCCUUGUUCGCAACAAGGAACGUUUCGUGAAGCGACGGCAACGUAUCCUUGGUCCCAACGGAUCCACACUCAAGGCUCUCGAGCUGCUCACCGAGACCUAUAUUCUGGUCCAAGGUAACACGGUCAGUGCGAUGGGACCAUUCAAGGGCCUUAAAGAACUGCGACGUAUUGUGGAAGACUGCAUGGCCAACAUCCACCCCAUCUACCAUAUCAAGGAGCUCAUGAUCAAGCGAGAACUGGCAAAGGACCCGGAGCUCGUGAAUGAGAGCUGGGAUCGGUUCCUGCCGCACUUUAAGAAGCGGAACCUGUCGAAGCGCCGGACACCCUUCAAGGUCACCGACAAGGCGAAGAAGGUGUACACGCCCUUCCCGCCACCCCAGGAGAAGAGCAAGGUCGACCUGCAGAUCGAAUCGGGCGAGUACUUCCUCAGCAAGCAGGCCAAGGAGCGUGCAGUACGGGAGCAGCGGGAAGAGCAACAGCGCGGAAAGGCAAUCGAGAGGCAAAAGGAGCGGGCAAAGGAGUUUGUCCCUCCCAAGGAAGACGCCGCUGGAGAGAAGAAGAAGCGCAAGCGAAAAGAAGAGGAUGGCGAAGUCAAGGACAAGAAGAAGAAGAAGUCAAAGAAGCACAAGGAGUCGGAAGCUUCUUCGGACGAGUAAUCUCUUUCUCUUCGUCUCUCGAGUUGCCCAUUCACUCUUGUUGUUUUUGUUGGCGUAUGAUUCAAAAGUUGACGUUUGGCCUAAUGUGAUCUCUUCUUUUCGCUCUACUCUGUUUCUUGGUUCUUUCAGUAAUUUGCUUUUUUAUCUCCCUUUGUAUCAUACCUAGGGCGCAUUCUUUUGUUCCGGGAGGGUUCUUGCACAUCUUCAGGCGCCUGGCUUGCAUACUGAUUAAAAUGUAACUCUUAUAUGAAAUUUGCAGUGCUUUGCUUCUAUUCACGCCUUGAUCUUUAUCAUCAAGGAUCAGGUGUUACCAGAAUGAAUCAAAU